AUGUCAGGAGAAGGGAAUGAACGGCAACGUUUAUCGGGUGCACAAUAUAAAAAAAAACGAAUUGAACGAGAAGUAGAUUCUGCUAAGCAACGGGUUAGUCUUCUUCAAUUUUUAAAACCAAAUCAACAGAUCGAACAUAAUUUGUCUGAAAAUAACUUACCGCUUCAUCCUGAAAAUAUUAGUAAUAACAAUACGAUUUGUGAGAAAAUAAUUGAUAAUGAUAUCUCAAAAAGUCAUAUCAAUAGUGAGCGUCAAUUAAAUAAUGUUGAAGAUCCUGAAAUUAUUAAUAAUACCAACACGAUUUGUGAGGAAAUAAUUGAUAAUGAUAUCUCAAAAAGUCAUAUCAAUAGUGAGCGUCAAUUAAAUAAUGUUGAAGAUCCUGAAAUUAUUAAUAAUACCAACACGAUUUGUGAGGAAAUCAUUGAUAAAAAUAUCUCAAAUAAUGUUCAAGAUGAUAUUAAUAUCAUCUCUGAUGAUAGUGCUGAUCUUGAAUUUUUCGAGGAUCCAUCAAAAUGGCCUGAUCCAUUGAAUGAUGGACAUAGGUUAAUAUUAGUAAGAAAAUUUAAUAAUCCAGUUCAGAUUAUUUUAACUCCGUAUCCUAUAAAUGAAGACGGUAGAUCAUUUUCUAGAAAAUACUUUUAUCGAAGUCUAUCAAAUGGUGAAAACAUACAGCGUACUUGGCUUAUAUAUUCAAAAGCUAUUGAUUCAGUAUUUUGUUUCUGUUGUAAAUUGUUUAAAUCUGGUACUUUUUCUCUUGCUUCACAUGGUAACCGAGAUUGGAAAAAUAUAGGAAAUAUUCUAAAAAAUCACGAAAAUUCACCUAAUCAUAAAAAUGCAUUACUAAAUUGGAAAGAAUUAGAAAUAAGGGUGAAAAUGGGAAAAACUAUAGAUGAUGUUAACCAGGUGAUUAUUAGAGCGGAAACUGAACACUGGAAAGCUGUUAUUAAUCGUAUAAUAUCACUUAUUAAAAUUAUGGCUGGACAAAAUUUACCUCUAAGAGGCGAUUCUGAUAAACUCAAUACACCUCAUAAUGGUAAUUUUUUAAAAAUGAUUGAGUUUUUGGGGUUAUAUGAUCCCGUUAUGAAAGAGCACAUAAGAAGGAUAACUUCUGAAAAAAUUCACUCCCACUAUCUCGGUAAAAAUAUUCAGAAUGAAAUUAUUCAAUUACUAUCCAAAAAAAUUAAUUUACAAAUCAUAUCUGCUUUUAAAAAUGCCAAAUAUUAUUCAAUAAUAUUAGAUUGUACUCCUGACAUAAGUCACAAAGAACAAAUGACUAUGAUAUUUAGAUUUGUUACAACUACAGAAGGUAUCAAUAACAAUGAAAAACAUACAAAUGUUUCCGUGAAUGAACAUUUCAUAGAUUUUAUCGAAUUACAUUCCACAACUGGGUUAAACAUGACAAAUGUCCUUAUUCAAAAACUGAAAGACUUAGAUAUACCUAUCGAUGACAUGAGAGGCCAAGGGUACGACAAUGGUUCAAAUAUGCGUGGUCAAAAUAGUGGUGUUCAAGCUAGAAUGCUGUUAAAUUUUUUGGUUUAA